CCGGGCCCCGCGGCAGCCGGGCGGCGCAGGUGAGGCCGGCCGCGCCAUGGUGGACCCGGUGGGCUUCGCCGAGGCGUGGAAGGCGCAGUUCCCGGACUCGGAGCCGCCGCGCAUGGAGCUGCGCUCGGUGGGCGAUAUCGAGCAGGAGCUGGAGCGCUGCAAGGCCUCCAUCCGGCGCCUGGAGCAGGAGGUGAACCAGGAGCGCUUCCGCAUGAUCUACCUGCAGACACUGCUAGCCAAGGAGAAGAAGAGCUACGAUCGACAGCGCUGGGGCUUCCGGCGCGCGACGCAGCCCCCCGACGGCGCCGCCGAGCCCCGCGCGCCGCGCCCCCAGCCCGCGCCAGCCGACUGCGCCGACCCGCCGCCCGCCGACGAGCCCGAGGCCCGGCUCGACGGGGAGGGCUCCCCGGGCAAGGCCAGACCCGCGGCCACUCGCAGGCCUGGGGCCGCCGCUCCCGCGGACCACGACGACCGCGGGCCCCCCACCAGCGUGGCGGCCCUGCGUUCCAAUUUCGAGAGGAUCCGCAAGGGCCCCGUCCAGCCGGCGGCAACGGACGCUGAGAAGCCCUUCUACGUGAACGUCGAGUUCCACCACGAGCGCGGCCUGGUGAAGGUCAACGACAAAGACGUGUCGGACCGCAUAAGCUCCCUGGGCAGCCAGGCCAUGCAGAUGGAGCGCAAGAAGUCCCAGCAGGGCGCGGGACCCGGCCCUGGGGACCCGCCCAGGCCCUCCUACCGCGGGCGCCUCUCCGAGAGCAGCUGCGGCCUCGACGGCGACUUUGAGGACGCGGAGCUGAACCCGCGCUUCCUGAAGGACAACCUGAUCAACGCCAAUGGCGGCAGCAGGCCCCCCUGGCCGCCCCUGGAGUACCAGCCCUACCAGAGCAUCUAUGUCGGGGGCAUGAUGGUGGAAGGGGAGGGCAAGGGCUCGCUCCAGCGCAGCCAGAGCACCUCGGAGCAGGAGAAGCGCCUUACCUGGCCCCGGAGGUCCUACUCCCCUCGGAGCUUUGAGGACAGCGGAGGCGGCUACACCCCGGACUGCAGCUCCAAUGAGAACCUCACGUCCAGCGAGGAGGACUUCUCCUCGGGCCAGUCCAGCCGCGUGUCCCCGAGCCCCACUACCUACCGCACGUUCCGGGACAAGAGCCGUUCACCCUCGCAGAACUCCCAGCAAUCCUUCGACAGCAGCAGCCCCCCCACGCCCCAGUGUCAGAAGCGGCACCGGCAGGGCCCGGUGGUCGUGUCCGAGGCCACCAUCGUGGGCGUCCGCAAGACGGGGCAGAUUUGGCCCAGCGAUGGGGACAGCUUGUCCAGCAGGCUGCUUCAAGACGGCGCCUUCCAUGGAGACGCAGAUGCACCAUUCGGGACGCCGCCGGGGUACGGCUGUGCCACGGACCGGGCCGAGGAGCAGCGCCGGCACCAGGACGGGCUGCCCUACAUGGAUGACUCACCCUCCUCCUCGCCCCACCUCGGCAGCAAGGGCAGGGGCAGCCGGGAUGCACCGGAGUCCACCAAAGUGAGUGAGCUGGACUUGGAAAAGGGCUCAGAGAUGAGGAAAUGGGUCCUGUCUGGAAUCCUGGCUAGCGAGGAGACUUACCUGAGCCACCUGGAGGCGCUGCUGCUGCCCAUGAAACCUUUGAAGGCUGCUGCCACCACCUCUCAGCCGGUGCUGACGAGCCAGCAGAUCGAGACCAUCUUCUUCAAAGUGCCUGAGCUCUAUGAGAUCCACAAGGAGUUCUACGACGGGCUCCUCCCCCGCCUGCAGCAGUGGAGCCGCCAGCAGCGCGUGGGCGACCUCUUCCAGAAGCUGGCCAGCCAGCUGGGUGUGUACCGGGCCUUUGUGGACAACUACGGAGUUGCCAUGGAAACGGCUGAGAAGUGCUGUCAGGCCAACGCUCAGUUUGCAGAAAUCUCUGAGAACCUGAGAGCCAGAAGCAACAAGGAUGCCAAGGACCAAACGACCAAGAACUCUCUGGAAACCCUGCUCUACAAGCCUGUGGACCGGGUCACGAGGAGCACACUGGUCCUGCAUGACUUGCUGAAACACACUCCCUCUAGCCACCCCGACCACCUGCUGCUGCAAGACGCCCUCCGCAUCUCGCAGAACUUCCUGUCCAGCAUUAACGAGGAGAUCACGCCCCGCCGGCAGUCCAUGACCGUGAAGAAGGGAGAGCACCGGCAGCUGCUGAAGGACAGCUUCAUGGUGGAGCUGGUGGAGGGGGCCCGCAAGCUGCGACACGUCUUCCUCUUCACUGACCUGCUCCUGUGCACCAAGCUCAAGAAGCAGAGCGGAGGCAAAACCCAGCAAUAUGACUGCAAAUGGUACAUCCCGCUCACGGAUCUCAGCUUCCAGACAGUAGACGACUCGGAAGCCACACCCAACAUCCCCCUGGUGCUGGAUGAGGAGCUGGAUGCCAUGAAGAUCAAGAUCUCCCAGAUCAAGAGCGACAUCCAGAGAGAGAAGAGAGCGAACAAGGGCAGCAAGGCCAUCGAGAGGCUGCGGAAGAAGCUCUCGGAGCAGGAGUCGCUGCUCUUGCUCAUGUCCCCCAGCAUGGCCUUCCGCGUGCACAGCCGCAACGGCAAGAGUUACACGUUCCUGAUCUCAUCCGACUAUGAGCGGGCCGAGUGGAGGGAGAACAUCCGGGAGCAGCAGAAGAAGUGUUUCAAGAGUUUCUCUCUCACGUCCGUGGAGCUGCAGAUGCUGACCAACUCGUGCGUCAAGCUUCAGACCGUCCACAGCAUCCCACUGACCAUCAACAAAGAAGGAGGACGGACGCUCACCUCUCUGGUCUCUCGCACAGAUGAUGAAUCUCCCGGGCUCUACGGGUUCCUGAAUGUCAUCGUCCACUCCGCCACUGGCUUUAAGCAGAGUUCUAGUCUGUACUGCACCCUGGAGGUGGAUUCCUUUGGCUACUUUGUAAAUAAAGCCAAGACACGUGUCUACAGGGACACGGCUGAGCCCAACUGGAAUGAGGAGUUUGAGAUCGAGCUGGAAGGCUCACAGACCUUGAGGAUACUGUGCUACGAGAAGUGUUACAACAAAAGCAAGAUCACCAAGGAGGACGGCGAGAGUGCAGACAGGAUCAUGGGGAAGGGCCAGGUGCAGCUGGACCCCCAGGCCCUGCAGGACAGAGACUGGCAGCGGACCAUCAUCGCCAUGAAUGGGAUUGAAGUGAAGCUGUCAGUCAAGUUCACCAGCAGAGAGUUCAGCUUGAAAAGGAUGCCUUCCCGAAAACAGACGGGCGUCUUCGGAGUCAAGAUCGCCGUGGUCACCAAGAGGGAGCGUUCCAAGGUGCCCUACAUCGUGCGCCAGUGCGUGGAGGAGAUCGAACGCCGGGGCAUGGAGGAAGUGGGCAUCUACCGCGUGUCCGGAGUGGCCACCGACAUCCAGGCACUGAAGGCGGCUUUUGACGUCAACAACAAGGAUGUGUCGGUGAUGAUGAGCGAGAUGGACGUGAACGCCAUUGCCGGGACGCUGAAACUCUACUUCCGAGAGCUGCCUGAGCCCCUCUUUACCGACGAGUUCUACCCCAACUUCGCCGAGGGCAUCGCUCUCUCAGACCCCGUGGCAAAGGAGAGCUGCAUGCUUAACCUGCUGCUGUCACUCCCGGAGGCCAACCUCCUGACAUUCCUCUUCCUUCUGGACCACCUGAAAAGGGUGGCAGAAAAGGAGACAGUGAACAAGAUGUCCCUGCACAACCUCGCCACGGUGUUCGGCCCCACGCUGCUCCGGCCCUCGGACAAGGAGAGCAAGCUCCCCCCCAACCCCAGCCAACCCAUCUCCAUGACCGACAGCUGGUCCCUGGAGGUCAUGUCCCAGGUCCAGGUGCUGCUGUACUUCCUGCAACUGGAGGCCAUUCCUGCCCCAGACAGCAAGAGACAGAGCAUCCUCUUCUCCACCGAAGUCUAAAGGCCCAACUCCACCUCCAAAAUGGCGGCAGAACGGCCUGGGAACCUCCUAGGGAAACGGGCUACCCACAGAGCAGGAACCCAACCUUCUAGAGGAGUCAUUAGGCCACCCCCCAGGGCCAGGUUGCUGCCAAGAGACAACUACCCAAGGCAAAAGGCCAAGUGGCCUGGGCAGUUCCAGGCCCACCUUCGGUGGGGCCUGGGAACUCUGGGCUGGCCUCAGACUGUGGUUUUCUACGCCGCCACCAGAGGGCGCCCCAAGCCAGCCCUCGUGUCUCCGGUCACGGGCCUGGGCGGGACCAGGCAAAGGGAGUGGUUUUUACGCAUUUAACUUAUGAGAGUUUAAAGAUUUCUACUGGAUCACCUGUCGAGAUGCACCCUCUCCAGGGAGAAGGGAACAGGAGCAGAUUCCCUUGGUAUCGUGUCUUGAAUAAAUACUGCUGCUGCUUCGUGCCCAGGGGCCAGGCCCUGUCCAGCGUGGGUGGGGGCGUUUCGAUUUCCCAGACUUAGAAAUUCGACUCCUGUUUGUAACAGGUUUGAAAAGCUAAAUCUACACUGUGUAGCGCUUGACCCCUUUCACCUCCUUUCUUCUUUCUUUCUAGAAGGAUUUGUGCAGAAAUGGGUCUUCUUCCUGUUCUAUCCUGUUGCUUUGUUUUUGCUGAUCACGUGCCCCUCGGAAGGCAGCUCCCUGCGGAGCUGCGUAAAGUCCAGGACCGGACACCAGGGGAGGGAGGCCCAGGCUGCGCACUUUAUGGCUGGUUGUCUAGGGAGAGUGAUCCUGUUCACCAUCCCGACUACCCACCGGGCACGCACUCUCCUCAUCAGCUCAGAAAGGCCUUGAUCUCUGGCCUCCUCCGGCCUGUGGCCCAUCCACCCCCAAAUCUCCCUUCCCCUAAUCGUGUCCCGACCCCCCCCCCCCCCCCCCCCCCGCCCA